CGCUCCUCUCACCCUGCUUGCUGCUCCCAGAGUCGCUAGCUGUCAUGACUUUUGUUACGCGAGUAACUUCAGAAAGCUCCAAGUCAAGACAUCCCAAAUUGUCUAGUCCCAAAGGAUGAGAAAAAAGGAGGAAAACGUACGUAAACAAAGAAUCCUACUCCUUGUUUAUUGCAGAUGUGUUAUUGAGAUAUUUAAAUCUCAGGCAUGGGCCUUGAGCAAGCCCUCCUCCUGUCGCCCUCACCUCACAGAAGCUUCAUGCAUCAGAAAUAAAGGCUGCACCAACUGAGCCAUAUCCUCAAACGGAUCAGCUGGGCUACAGUGUAACACACACGCAUGCACGCUCACUCACACUCGCCCUGCUCUGCCUGCCCGCCCGACACAGACGCUCUACUUACAGCGUCGGAGGCAGGACUGAGGCUCACACUAUCAGCUCAGCUUCUCAAUGGGGGGACGUGGCCAAAAGCAGACAGAGCGGUCAUUCCACCGGAGCCUUCCGCCGAGUUCGUGAAAGAGAGGGAGAGAGAGAGAGAAAGACAGAGGAGGGGGGCAACGACGAGCGAGGGCAGGCGGCGAAUGGGGGCAAAUUAGGACCCCCUUUCAUCUCAGCAGAGGAGUUUCGAAAGACUCUGAAAGAGAGAAGAGCAGCAUCUUUGUGGCCGAUAGAGCCGUGACUCUCUCACACACCUUGGUCAGUUUGUGACACCUAUUGUCCUCCCACCUGGUUGCCGUUUUUGAGGGACUCGUGUUGUUUGUUUUUUUUUUUAAAGAAAAAUCACAACAGCAGAAGUCCAGGGUGAUUUUUAUUAAUUUUUUUGUUUCUUUUGUUGGGGCUUACCUGCAAGUGGAAUUCGUGAAGAGACGAUGGAAUUAAGACGGGCAGGCUGUGACUCUGACUAAGCUCCUUUUCUCUAUCUGAACGCACUGCUCAGACUCGACCUCACCAUGUCCUGGUUCUUGGCCAUGUGGAUUAGCCUCGGCUUCCUGCUGCUGUGCCAGGCCACACUCUACCAGACCAUCCAGCAGCACCAUGUGGCCCGACCCGGCCGCACCGACAUCCUCACUCUGGAGGGAGGAACUUGCGAGGUGAUUGCCGCUCACAGGUGCUGCAACAAGAACCGCAUCGAGGAGCGUUCGCAGACGGUCAAAUGCUCCUGUUUGCCCGGGAAAGUGGCCGGAACGACACGCAACAAACCCUCCUGCGUGGACGCGUCCAUUGUAAUUGGGAAGUGGUGGUGUGAGAUGGAACCGUGUCUGGAGGGAGAAGAGUGCAAGACUCUGCCUGACAACUCUGGAUGGAUGUGCUCAUCUGGGAACAAGAUCAAGACCACAAGGAUUCACCCCAGGACCUAACGGCGAGCUCCCGGUUGCAGGACUGCGCGCCAGGCUUUACACCCUUUCUGAACUUUUUGUCUCCUCCCGUUGAACUGACUAAAACUCUCACAUCCACGGCUACCGACUGGCUUACCCCGGGACCGCGGAAAGGAUAUCCAUCCAGAUAAAACAGCUUUGCUCACUUGGUGCCAAGGAUUUGAAGCAGCACUAAUCCCCUGUUUGAUCAAUGAGCCCCGAGUCGGUGACUCUCUCCUCUUCCUGUGGCCAGUUUCCAACCUGCUCUCUUUCUCUUUCCUCACUCUGUCUUUACCUGAAAGCCUGAUACAACUUAGCAGGGGCUCAUUUAGAGGUUGGUCAAAUAUUUUGAAGACAAUCUCCCGGCCCGCCCCGGAGGUGAACCGGUCGAGGGGUGCACACAAAACUAAACGUGAGAUUCACACAAGUGGUUGCGCAAGGGAGUCAAAUUGACCCUCAUUUUCUGUUAUUUCUGUGCAGAAAUUAUUUGUGUUGGACUCACUGAUGGAGACAGAUGCAAUUUCUGAGUGCAGGAGAGGCAGGACUUUCAGGAAGUUGGACCUAUUGGUUGCCUAUGAUGAGAUACAAGAACUCUCCUUCUCCUGGUCUGACUUUACGGCCCCGAGCUUCAUCCGCUAUAAGGGACACGUUGACUUUUACUGCAGGGCAUGCCCAAUGUAGAUUUCAUGAGCACCACAUUUAUUUUAUGUAAGAUCAUUUGUGUAAAUAAACACAUAAAUACACGAAGUACGCUGUAAGAUGACAGGUCCAAGAGGCUGAUAAAUGUGCCAUCCUAAUAACACAUCGACCAGUUCCACAAGGAGCCGCUUUACAAUGUAAGCUUGUGUUGGGGGGGAAAACGGCUGUGAAUGAAGUGUAAUGAUGAGUUCUGGGAUGCUUUUUUUUUUUUUUUUUUUUUUUUUUGUGUCAUUCUGCGACGUUUUCGGCUGGGUACCGGCAAUGCUUGAUGAGGAAGAACAAUGUAUAGAAUCGCCUCAUGUGUGGAAGCAGAGCUGAGAACACUUCUCGACCUUUGGGCCCAGACGCAGCAGGGACUCGGCGCAGCUGUGGAAAAAAUACGAGCAUGAUUAUAAGAAACGGGAGUCGUGUCUCUCUCACGCAGGGGAGACGGAAGAUUUGCUUACAAUGACACAGAGAAAGUAUUAGUCCCAAUGGAUAAAAAUAGCUAUCCCCCCAGUAGAUAUAAGACAGCCUUAUGAGAAAUAAAAUUUGUUUUCUAUACUGAAACGUUGUCUGCCGUUUCUCCCGAACGCCGUCGUGAAAAAUGUUCCUCUUAUCACGGUUUGAUAUGUUGUAAUAUGUGGGUGGAAGAUCUUGUCAGAGAAUCAUUCACAUCAUUGUGUGAGCAAAGUUGUUUUUUGUUGUUGUUUUUUUUUUUGCUCGAGUAAACAGGCAAUCAACAUUGGCGCAAGGAGAGUUUGCAAAUGACUUCCGGGCAUAAGACACGGCGGUGUCUGCCGCAGUCACAAACGAAUCUGCGAUGCUUCAUUUGCACAAUCCCCUCGGCGGCAGAGUGGAUUUAUCAAAACAGAACAUUCAAUUCAUUCAUGCAAUUAGAAUAAAGAUUUUCAAUAUCGGGGGCGGGCAAAAUUCCAGAUGAUUUUCAAUAUCAGCCUCCUCUCUCUCUCUCUCUCCCAGCUGAUAUUAGAUUCGUCUCUGGUCCCCGUGGACGAGCUGGCGCACAUUCAUCAUUUAGGAGCGUGGCUAGUGCGGUGGCGCACGGCGCCUCGCUGAGCAGUCACAGAAGGUAUGAAAGAGACAGACACAUCAAUCUCCCAGCGGCCUUGCCAGAAUCGUGAAGGAAUAUGCAAACUAUGGAAAAAUAAACAUAAAAAACAUGCGAGAGCUGUUUUCCGCCUUGGCUCCUCUGUGGGUCGCCUUCUUUGUUUUUCCUGAUUUUUCGUGGAAUUUAACUUGACUUGAAGAAAGUUAAUUGGAAGGGUUUAUGAUUGGGAUGCACUGAGGAAUUGCCUGGCAAACAGACUCGCGCUUUUGACUUCGGCUUUACCUCAAGAAGUCAAAAGCGCGAUCUUUCCCUGUUUACUAAUAACUUCAUAUCUGGCCGCUAGCAGGUCAUGCUAACUCCUUUUAGCAAGUCACUCAAGUUAGCUAUUUUCAUUAUGUCUAGGUGAAGUCAAAGGAAGCGAAAAAAGCUGUGAGAAGCUUCUCAAUGGAGAAUAUUUUCUAUAGAGGCAUUUCAGUUAUUUAUUCAAGAUGCUACUGUUCGUUUAGCUCUUUCAACGUUUCGUAGAUCAGGACGUUAAUUCAUUCCUGCCUCAGGAACGUUUAAGUUGUUGCAGAGGCAGUAAUGAAUGAAGUUGUUGAACAUUUAAGUUGUUGAAUGGACAUCAGCAGAGGCUGCACUUCAACUUUCAACCUUUUUCACUGGAUUGAGAAAUUAUAGAAGUUUGUUAGAAACUCUUAAGAUUUAAUUUGAGUGAAAAUGUAGAGACCUCGUGAUGUUUAUCUAGACGCGUACUGAAGCAUGUAUUCACAUUGUAAGCUCAGAGAUUUGCAGUUUUCGCCACAGUGAUAAUGUGCCAGUUUAAACUUUGUCUGCUCAGAGGCGAACAGGAAGAACUGAAAGGUAAAUUCUCAGCAGAAUAUCAAUGUAGUUGUGAGUCCUUGUUGUCCCAGGGAGAUAAAUUACCCGCAUGGGGGAGAGAACAAAAAAGAUCCCACCUCAGUUUAUUUAAGCUUUCUUAUUCUUAUUUUUCUUUAACUCGUGAUCUGACCCGUUGUUUUCUUCAUCCGCUGUCUGACGUUUUAAGCAUUAUCGGUCAAAUGGCGAAAAUCUGUGGAGCUUCCAGAGAAUCCUAGCGAACCCCGCGUAUAGACGAGGGAGAUUUAGAGGCUUUUUGUCAGUGCAUGUAUAAAUGUUAAUGUCGUUUAUGCUUAUUGCUAAUCUGAGAUGCUAAAGACAGUGUAAAAUUUCACCUUCUUGCAGAAUAUGUGGUUAUAAAGUAAAUAUUGUGCAGUCCACCUUCUCCCCACCUUCUUCAAAUCAGACACAAUCUGUGUCAAUCAACUCAGCGUUUGUGCAGCACAAUUGUUUGUUUGUGCAGCUUUGGUUUUAAAGGUAUUAAUUUAGGUUUAAAGGUCAUUUUGAUUUAGAAAAAGAGGCAGGUGCUGGUUGACCUCCCGACCUUCAAACUUUUAUUAAUAUCUUCAAAGCCAAAGCAGCACAAACAACAAAAUUUUUUGCUGCACAACUGCAGCACAAACAUUUGAUACCAAUUUUGUCUGAUUUGGAAAAAGGGUGGGGGGUCCAACUUCACUCAGGUGUGUGGCCCUACGUCAAGUUAUAUAGUUUUCAUUUUGAAUGAAUAGCAGAACCCGGCUUUGUUGUGAUUUCUCUUUCGGACUCAGUUCAUCCUCUGAUCUCUGGGUUUCAGUGAGAAACCCUUAACGUCUAAAAUAAAUUGGCCACAGAUCUCUGAUCGGUUCGUCUCUAGUUUCUCAGCAUGUAUGACACAUGGUGGGGGGGGGGGUUUCUUCUAAAAACGAAUAUUUCUGUUUAUUCCUGUGUGUAAUAUUGUGUUAAUCUGUGCAGAUUUCAACCAAAGCACCCAAAAUCCGUAAAACAAGUCAUACUAUAAACAUUAUCAUGUUCAGAGCUCGUGAUGGAAAUAAUGAGUUUCUACAUUCUAUUCAACAAUCUUCUAUUAAGGUUCUAAGUGGAUUUUUUUUCCUGUAAGUUACACAGGGUUUAGAAAUUGAAGAGUUUUUUUUUGUUUUCUAUUACCUUUUAUGCUCUUCUUUGCCGUUUCACGCUAAUCAUGCUGUGGAGGGAGGGAGAAGGUCCUGCUCCAGGUUUGACCGAGCAAAUCAGAACUCCGAGUUUAAAAAGCGGGGCUUGGGCCUCCCUUCCUCUUUGCUGUCUUUGCCAUCCUAAAAAAAAAAAAAAAAAAAAAAAUCAAGACAUCCAUCAAACACAGCCGACCUCCCACAGAAACAGCUAGACAGCCGCAUCCAUAUGUCGCCGGAGAGCUGAUCGACGGUUGACAGCGAGGACAAGUCUUUUCACAGCCAACCUGUGCUAAAAAUGUAGACACUGUUGUUUGUGAAACUCACAGGUUUGCUUUGCA